GUCUGCAAAAGAUAUGAAAGGAUUAUCGUGUGAGUCAGUGAAUAAGCCAGUUAUAGUGUGUGUGCGUAAGUCUGUGUUGAUGCACUCGGGAACAUUAUGCUUCUGGUAUUAUGUACACGUGAAGAUUAUACUCUACGGACGAGGAACAGCAGACAUACACACAGAUUUAUAUCAACACGCUGCAGAAGAAUGUGUAGUCUGGAUGAGAUUCCAUUAAAGGUUGCUCUGGAUUGCGUGGAGAUAAGUUUGAGCGAGAAGGAUCCUGUUGGAGAUCCUGAAAUGAAGGUCCCAGAUUGCACCCAAAUAUUGCAUGAUACAAAGUAUUCAUUUACUCUCGAAAAACGGAUCAUGGCCGCAUGUGAAGAACUGCAGCGGAAGAACAGAAAGGCCAAAAAACUCCCCCAGAGUGUGUGUCCCACCUGUCCGCCGUAUUGGCUGAUGUUCAGCAGCCCGCAGCAGAGUCGUGUGGGCCGUUCCGGAAGCAGAGAAUCAUGGGAACUGGGCCCACGUCCCCACAGUUCAAGCCUGAAUGCUGCUGACUCAAAUAGACUCCGCCCACUCCGGGUGGCCCAGUUUCUCAUCUCUACCUCGGACUUCGAGGGCGGGUACAGCGAAGACGACGAGGGGUCAUCCACUGAGGAAGAUGCUUCUCGUAGCAAAAAAAGACCACAGAGUAGUGGGCCACAGUCCAAAGCUCACAUCCAGCGAGUCUCCACCCCUCAAGGGUGGAGACAUAAGGGCAUGACCCGUCCUGGUGGCUCCUCAACCCGCCCAAGCUCCGCCUCUGCUUUGAAGGAAACACGGAAGCCCCUCCCCCAGACGCCGGAGGGCAUUCCUCACACUUCCAGAGCCCCCCGCAGGAAACCUGCUGCCAUGAGAACCAGCGGGCGUCGGAGCUCACACACCCAACUGCAGCAAAGACCCUCAUCCGCAGGACCGCUGCCCUCCACACGGCAACAAAAACCCACCUCACAUGGUGUGCGUCCACGGACGUCUGCGGGGCUACAGGAUGCUUCUGCGGAUCUCCUCUGCGCUUUGAGUGAGGAAGAGAGAGAUCUUCUCGAAGCUGUUACAAAGCACGGAUACACACUGCACACCGCCAUAAUGGCCCUGCAGAGGACCGGACCGAAAAGCCCUGACCAGAUUUUGAGUUACCUGACAUCAUGUGACCGUCUUUGUCGACUGGGUUAUGAGAAGACCCAGGUGGAAGAAGCUCUGGAGAUGUUUCCGAACUGUGAGAGCAAAGCUGCAGAGUUCCUGUUUUUGCUUGCUCAGUUCUGCGAGAUGGGUUUCCAGCAGAGCACCAUUAAAGAAGUUCUGCUGGUGCAUGAGAACCAUAAAGAGAGCGCUCUGGAAGAACUUAUGACCCGCAGCGGCUGAGAUGACACUUGAGGAUCAUCAGCCGCAAUGAACCAUCACCUUCGUGAAAAAAUAAUACCAUCAAAUCUGAACUUUAUGAAUGAAUGCCUAGCUGAAGACUAUGAAUAAAUACUUCUGUUUCAUGAGUGUUUAAAUGACUCUUCAUCUCUUUGAAUCAACCAAUAAAUAUACAAUAGAUAUAGUCUCUGUAUCAUUUUAAUUAUUACAAAAAAUCUGUAUUCUCAUCGCUACGAAUGAAUAAAUGAAUCAUUAAAGGGUUAGGUAACACAGCAAAGAAAAAUAUGUUAAGAUUGACUCAAUUCUGUGGAACAACAGGUUUUAAAGAAUAAUGGCAAUGCUUGCAUAAAAAAAACUCAAUGUAUACCAUGAUGUCUGUUUGAAUACUCGAUUCUGAUUGGCUGGAGGGUGUGCAUUAAAACCCUUUAACGCACGGCUAGCUGUGGAUUAUCCUUUAUAUGUUUCACAGAUUAAAGAAAAUUGAGUGUGUUUGAACAUGGCUUUUUAUCUUUACAGAUGCAUAAUGAUUUUUAGUGCUAUGAAGUAAAUAUAUCCUCAUGAGCAUGAAUGCAUCUUAAAUAAGAAAAUGCUUUAUUUGAUCACUUUUGUUUAUUGUUGAUUAACUGUAGAUCAGACUCAGUUAUGAUGGUGAUUAAUCAGCUAGGUGUUGAUCUAUUGAUCAGACUUAAACAUGACUGUA